CAAGAAGCUUCCGCCUACGCAGCAUCAUGUGAGCUGAACUUGCCACCUGACCCAGCUUCCUGGUUUGAAGCCAUUUCCUGCUCCAGUGCCCUUAGUUGUUGUGUUUCUCUAAUCAUUCAUCACAAUCCCCCUCCUUGGAAACCGGAGACCGGCGUGCAGAUAAAAUCAGAUAUUGACACAGCAACGCACUUGCCAAGAAGUUGCUCUAACGAAAUUGAAAGUGCCCUUAGUUAACAUGGCUGUUUUUCAAUAACAAUCUCGUCUACCGGGAGAACAUCGACAUAUUUAUCACGACGAGAAAAGAGAGAUACAGAACUGUUGGAUACAACCAAUAUGUUUCCCUUACCACAUCAUCUACUUCAGCAGAUGAUCAGCCCCAGGCAAGCCCAUCUAUCUGCUGACAAAGGUUUUUGGCCACACGUGCACAGCUUUUGCUAGAUAGUGAAUUGCCUUGCCUUCAGAAGAAGCCUGGGCUUCCACUUGCUCCACUAAUGGAUCUCAUUCCCUUUGGUGAGGUGUCAUCACAGGUUUGGGGUGUGUUUUUGUUGCUGCUUUCACAGUUGUGCAAAGCCAGAACGGACUGUGGCAAUGAGUGCAAAGAGGAGGAGAAGGAGGAUGUGGUCAAAAGCUUUGACGGCAUUACUUCCCUCUCUGGGGAGACAGGAGAAGCAACCGUACCUCUUCUCCACCUGAUCCAGACAUCCGAUGGAGCACUUUCAACGGCUGCUGGGGAGCCUGCAACAGGCCUUGGAUUAUGUUUCAUCUUUCACCACUUACCUCCUUGGAGAUGAAACUCAUCCAGGAGCAGAAGAGUCAGGAAGUAGAAGAGAUAGCAAGAACUGUUGCAGCCGCCAUGACGGAGAAGUGGAGACAGCACGCGAUGGGGACAUUUCUCCAAGGAGACAUCUAGAGGUCUUUGAAGGUUCACUCACCACAGAGGCCCUUCCUUUUCAGAUCACCCCAGCCAACCAGGAGAUCCAGGUAACAUCAGAAGCAGCAGUCCAGGGUGCUCAGGCUCCACAGGCCAUUCUCAAAUCUUCCAAAUUGUCCUACAGAUGUGAGGGACAGGAAAAGGCUGAGGAAAAGCUCUCAGAGUCGGCUCACUUCCCAGCUGAUGCCCCAGAGCCAAGACCCACCACCACAGCAGCAGCUGUGAUUGGCAGCUUUGAGCAGAGAGAUGUGGAGGGGCCAACUGCGACUGGAGGGCUCCAUCAAUGGGAAUCAGAGGGAACCAGCUGGAUAGGGGAAGUUCAGCAGCAGGGGGCGCUAGAGAUGGUGGCAGAAACAGAAAAGAAGCGGCCUGAAGAGAAACAGGAGUGGGACCGAGGACCAGCAGAUGAGAUUGAAGAGGAUGAGGAGAGGGAGCAGGUGGAAACUGUGUGGGAUGAGGGGAUUCAGCAAAGGGUACCAGUUUUGGCCCAGCUUGUGGGAGAACAGCAGAGCAAGCUGGAGGAGAUGGCAUGGCCUGUGGAAUUUCAGCACAGUGGGCUGGAGGAGGAGGUGGAAGACAAGAUGGCGGAGGGACAGCAGCUGGAGACUACGAGGGAUCCGGAAGAUGAAGCAGAGGUGGAAGAGGACCAGCAGGAGGAGACAAAUAUGGCAGCAGCAAGAGAAGGAAUUGCGCAAGAGAUAGCCUGUAGAGCACAGACUGAGGGAGACCAGGAGGAGGUGCUAGGAGGGAAAGAAGAGGUCAGGAGAAGCCCUCCAUGGGAGCCAAGGGAUGAAGUAGAAGUGGCAAGAGAGACUGAAGGGGACCAGGAGAGGGAGCUGGAAGGAACUUUGUGCAAUGUGGGGAUUCAGGACAGGGCAGCAGAUUGGGCAGAGUUUGUGGAGAGACAGCAGCGAGGACAGGAGGAGACAGCCAAGAUGGCGGAGGGACAGCAGCUGGAGGUUGAGCAAAACCAGGAGGAAGAGCCAGAGGCUGAAGAGAACAUGCUGCAGGAGGAGUCGGAUGCAGCAGCAACCGAAGAAGGAAUUCAGCAAGCGCCACCAAGCAGGGCAGAGACUGAGGGAGACCAGGAGGAGGUGCAAGAAGGGGAAGAAGGAGCCGGGAGAUGCCAUCAGUGGGAGCCAAAGGAAACUGUUGUGACUUUGAAAGAGCAGGAUGGGGAGCCAAAGGGAGUAGCAGAGAACAGGAAGGGUCAGCAAGCAGAACUGGUAGGGAGAGAAGGGGGGCAGCAAGGGGAGCUAGAGGAACCGGUGAGAAAUGAUGACACAGAGGCUAAAGAGGAAGAACAGGAGGAGGAAACUGGAGAAGAAUGGCUGGAGAGUGACCAGGAGGGAGAGUCAGAGAGGCUGGCGGAAGCCAGAGACCUUGAUGAAAAAGCCCUGGAAGAGGCCGGAGUCCAGCCGAGGCAGGCACAAGAGACGGAGAGGAGCACACAGCAGGAGCCCAUGGUGUGCAAUGCCUCCCGUGCUGGGAUGUUCCCAGCUGAGGUCACUCCCCUGGACUCGAGUGCCCAGAAGGAGCGGGUGCUGCUUCGCCGUAAGAGCUCUAUCCGGCGGGCACCUAGCUUGAAGAAACAGACAAUGGACACCCCAUCAGAAAAGAUGGACAUAGCUGAGGAGAACACUCAAGCUCAACCACAAACAGCAAGCAGGCAAAACCUGAGGCAUUCUGGGUUUGGGCCUAUGCACCCCAACAUGAUGGCUGAACUGCAGAUGCGCCUGCGCAAGCCCCAGUGACCCCCAAUGCAGAGGCACUUGUGGGGUAACACACUUGCAAGCUCAUGACCAAGAAUUGUAGGAGCCAAAAUGGGAAGGCAUAGGUGAUAGGAAAUGCAAUCAUUCAUCUGCUUCUUUCAGAACAAAGGUCUGCAAUUCAAAGAAAAGAAAAAAAAGAAAUGCAACAGGUUGUGUGUGUUUGAACAGAGACAGUUAACUAAAUUGCCCACUACCCUGAUGCUGAAGGCAGCCUGGUGUGGCCACUUACAUAGGCCUUUUGGCACAUUAUAUUACACCAUAACCUGCAUAUAGAUCAUAAUGGGUGAGAUACAAAUGUGGCAGCCUUCUUGCACAAUGGAAAUCCACUUGGACAACAGAACAGAACUUCCUAUUUCUCUCCUCCCUCCUCUAGCCUCUUCCCCGCAAAAUAUCUGCUGUGGCGUGUUCCCCAACUGUUUGAAGUAUAGUUUAGGGGUAUAUAAGAGGGCUUCAGGGGGGAGAAGAAGCCUCAUUGUAUGAGCAGACACCUGCUUGCUCCAUUGAAUCUCGCCCAAUAUUUUUUGCUUUCUGGGGAGUUUUGGAGAAAGAUUUCUAUCUCUUUUAGCUCUAAAAGGACAUACAAUAAUCCAUGCAUUUCUAUUGUCUGUGCUUCCACGUUUUGGCCCUUAUGGUUCUUGGUUGCAGUGGAUCCAGUACUCUUGGCCUGGUCUGUUCUUCUAACCCUCUGAGAAUCCCACAGCCAAAACGCUAAUGUGGAAUUGGGAGGAGGAAACUAGAGGACCAUGGUUGUGAUUAGAAGUGAGCAACGGUUUUAUUAACAAUGGAACCAUUAGCAGACCGUCUUAGAGAAAACCACCCAAAACAUAGAAGGAGUGGAGAUGGGAGGACAAAUUUAUGAAUUAAGUCUCUAUGCCGAUGAUUUGGCACUAAUGCUGCAAAAUCGUGCACAAGCAGCCCCAGUUUUACACCAGGAACUAGACACAUUUCAUUUAAUAUCAGGGUUACAAACAAACUAUAAAAAAUCUGAAAUGCUUUGCUACCAGGUUCCUCUUGAUGUCCACAGAAAGGUAGCCUCCUCUCUGGGUAUCUCUUUACACAGAAAACAGAUUCGGUAUCUAGGAGUACAAAUAACAAGAGAUUUUAAAAAAUUGUUUUUAGUCAAUUACAGACCAGUUUGGUCUGCUAUCACUCUCUUAAUGAAAGUGUGGGAAAAAUUAAAUUUAUCUUAUUGGCUAGAAUAGUUGCAAUUAAAAUGACAGUGCUUCCUCAAUUAACCUUUUUAUUUCACUCCUUAAAUAUGGAUUCCAGACACGCAAUUGAAUAUUUGGCAACAAGAAAUAGAAUCUUUUAUUUUUUCAAGGACCCCCCCCCCGGAUCAGACAACAAUAUCAGUGCAGGCAAACAGGACCGUGGGUGUGUGGCUGGGAGAUACCUCAUAUCCACUCUUAUUAUGAAGCUAAUCAGUUAUACCACUUGAUUUCUUUUUUGAGAGAAGACGAGGAAAAGAGAUGGAUGCCAAUGGAAAACAGACUUUUUAAAGGGUACACUAUAAGCUUUUUAGUUUUUACACAACAAAGUAAACAAACCAUAGCUCAAAUACAGGACAAUCCCUUCACAGCAGCCUUACAUCGAUGUUGGUCUCUCAGAGUAAAAUCAAUUUCCUCAUGGAGCUCUCCAUUGAUGCCUUUGUUCUUUCAUCCACAAUUUUUUAAUAAAUAUAGAAUAUUUCCAUGGCAAGAUUGGAAGUCUAAAGGACUUUAUAGGCUAAGGGAUUUUUACAAAGAUGGCAGGAUGUUAUCCGAGGAAGAAAUUAGGGUAAUUUUAAAUGGAAGUUCCUUUAGGGUGGUUUCAGUGGCAACAACUGACAGCUUUUCUAACAAAGGAAGAAAAAGAUGCAAGCAUUGAAAAAGCUGUCAGCUUUUGAAAUGAUCGUGGUUAACACAACAUCUGUAGCUAAAGGUCAAAUCUCUUAACAUUUAUACACUAUUAAUAGGUAAAGAUAUGGGCAAUCUCACGGGCCUUAAACAGCAAUGGAGAAAUGACAUAGCUAUAAGUACAGAAGAUCAGGAUUGGAUAAAUUGUGAAAUAGGCCAGCCUUGGAUACCCCUGCAACACAAGUUAAAUAACAAAUACUUAAAUUAGCAUACUGGUGGUAUAUCACUCCAACUCUGCUGUCUAGAAUAACAGUGUCAGCUUCUCCAAUUUGUUGGAGAGGAUGCCAAAUGAAGGGUACAUAUCACAUAUGGUGGCCAUGCCUGAGGGCGAUGGAAUUUUGGAAAAUGGUUUUUACCCAGAUUAAAGCUAUAGUUAAAUUGCCAUUGGACAUGACCCCCCCCCCAAACUGGCGUCACUUAAUCUGUUUGACGGAAAUAAUGCAAAUAAUGAACUUAAAAUGGAAAGAAUUAGUCAGGCAUCUGUUGACAGCUGCUUGAUUAUCCCUAGCCAGGUUCUGGAGGGACCUUAUUGGGGCCACAGCUGAUUAUUGGCAUAAAAAAAAUUGGCGACUGCCUGUGGCGGAAGGAAUCACUGCUAAAUUAAAAGUAUUGAGGGGGCAAGUAAAAACUGACUAUUUUAUGGGAGAAUGGUAUAGUUUCAUUUGUUUUGUUAAUGAUGAAACUAAUAAUAUGAUCCCUCUAGCAAUCUAGCACAAUAUGUACGGAUAUGGAAUGCUUGAUCACCUUUUACUGUAUGUAUUAUGGUAUCAAUCUUUGCUUGGUGCCGAUAUGCAUUAAGAAAUGAAUGGAAUUUGAUAAUGUUAUGUACCACUCAGCAGUUCCAGCUACAUGACGGUCUAGCUCCGAGCAUGUAGCAAAUUACUGGAUACAUAAAAUUUGACAACUUUAAUACCUCUUUAAAUACUUACCUGUAUGGCUUCCUUUGCAGGGUUCAAUUAGUCAGUUAAUUAGUUUAGUUGUUUAAUGGCUUGUUAAUAUAUGGGAGGAAUAGAGAAGGACUCCAAUUAUCGACAGCAGUAAGUAUAAAAGGAUUUAGUAUACUCCAUUACCUGUAAGCAGUAUAUCCUGUGAAAUUUCUUCUUUUGUUGUUGUGAUUGCUGUAUAUUUUUCUGCAAUCAAUGUACAUCUUUCUUUUUCUGUAAAAUAUAAAAAGUUAAAAAAAGAAGUGAGCAACAGUUAGUAUUAGCAAGAGAAAGGAGAAAAGACCCUGUGAUAGGCUGAGGCAUUGGAUGAAUAAGGGUGCAGGAAUAGAAAAUGGAGCUAGUACCUUCAGCAGGAUACAGACUGGCAUCUAUGGUUGCUUUCACGUUAGAGCCCUUUACGGCUUCUGAAGCAUCGCUUUUUCAUAAUCAGAUGGAAAUGGAAUUGACACAGUUCUACACAGCACUUAAUAUAGCACUUUCCUUAUAAAAAUCCAACCAUGCCUGUCCCCAUGGGCAGUUUCUCAGAAGUACUUCCCAGUCAGGAAUAUUCCUGCCUCAUCCUCUCAGUAUCCCUUUCAUUGGUAGCUUCCUCUUUGCCUCCUUGUUUUAAAGCACAUAAUUUGUUGCUUCCUGUGGCAUUUCUGAUCUGUCCCUUGAUUAGUCAUUGACUUUUCCCUGUAUUGAGCUGGGUGCAGCACUUCAAUAAUUGGCUUCCUCUUUUAGCUAGAGUCAUUGAUUCAUUUUAUUUCAUUUUAUUUGUUAUUGCAAUUGCACAAUGUGGUCAUGUUUUUUUUAAAAAUAAAUCAAUGAGCAAUUUCUGCCCAUGAAGAGGAAGCCAAUAUUUAAAGCCCCAGCCAAGAGCUUACUAAUAAAAGGACAAGUCAGGAAUGUCACAGACACAGUAAGUGAACAGGAAGCAACCAAAUUAUCCACUUUGAAAAGGAGGAUAAGCAGGAGCUACUAAUUAAAAGGACAGUAGCCCUGAAAAACCUCAGUAAUGCUUUGGAUAGGCUGGUGCUACAAUUAAGACAACAAAAAUUCAGCAGAAAUCAGUUCUGAAAAAGAUGGGAAGACAACGUAGAAAACAUUCAAAUAUAACAGCUUGUUAAUGAUGUCUGGAUUUCCCUAAAAAUGAGUGGGUGAAUGAAUGAUGCCAAUUCCAGCCUAAAUGGCUAGUGUGGAAGCUAUAGCUAACAAAGUGAAAGGAACACUUGUUUGGAGUCUGGGAGGAUUUUGACUUUUUGUCUGUUCAUUUGAAGUGGUGAUCUUCAGAAUGAUCCUUUUACCUAGAAAAUUUUGUUAACUGAAAGCUGGUAGGUACCUUGCAUACUCUGAAGAAAACUCACUGGAUGUUAUCCGUGUAAAAGACACUGACUCCUCUUUCUGAUAAGCAGAUGUUUAACAAUGUAUAUGACUACUCAGAAACGAGCCCUAUUGAAUUCAAUAGCACCUAGUCCCAGGAAACUGUGCACAGGAUUGCAGCAUAAGUUGUCUCUGGAUUUCUUACUAUGGUUACUGAUUCCUGCCACCUCCUUUAUCUCAUUCUGUAUCUCAGAAUGAACUAGUGAUGCUGAAAUCUCUCCUGAAGGCAGAGAAAUUACAGGAUGGAACAAGACAUAUGUAACUGUAAUUGUAAUGUCUGUGCUGCAUUUGCAGGGUAGAGUGGGAGGUAGUGUUGCGAGGGCUCUGGUUUUCACCCAGAUACUGUUUUUUUGAGGUCUCCCCCAGGUCUCCGGGUGAAUCACCCCAGUUGCCGGUUUUCCGGUCAGCUGCUUGUGAGCAUAUGUGUCACCACCUGCUGCCACCCACAAUCACCACAAGUAAUCCCCGGAGUCCAGGGAUUGGGAAGACUCCAGGGAAGGGAGAAUUGGACCUGUUGACGCACCCUCCCGGCUUUGGAGCCAGCUACAUUCAAUCAGGUUCCUUCUUGCGACCCCGAUGGGAUGCAGCCGGCUCUAAUGGCCCAUACUGUUGACAUCACUAGGGCCUGCCCCUGCAAUCUCAGGGUUCGGGAUGCUUCUGACCUGGCAGCCCCAGUAGGAGGGGAGAUGUUUAAUUCUUCCCUCCCCCCCCAGUUCUUCCACAUAACCCCCUCCAGCAAGCUUGUCUGCCCCUGCCAACACAACACAGGUGUGGCAUUGAGAGCCCCACAUUUGCUUCAUUAGAGCCAGUUCCUCCUUCAUCACCUCAUCACAGAAAGCAUCACAGAAAGCAUCCAUUUCCUAGCCAACCAGCUGCUUCCACUCAUCCAGUGCACUGAGGAGAGUCCCGCGUAGCAACUGAUUGCUCAGUUUUGACCAGGCUAGUUCCAAGAGGGUUCGUUUGUUGGUUAGCACUGGGAAGGCCCCUGCUGAACAGAUGAGAUCUGUUGGAAUUAGGGUUGCCAGGUCCAUGGCCUGAGAGUGAUUCUGUACCUUUAGGAG